UCGCCCGGCUAUGACGAUAGAUGACUUCAUGUCGGUUGUACCACAUUGGGCUGAUAAUAAUAAGAGGGCCGCCUUCAUGGAGUUGGUCAAGAAUUGGGUCGGCGAAAACCCCGAUUUCAAGGCCGUGAGCGACCGGAACAAGGCCAACCGUGGUUCUCAGGGAACACACACUGCGGGGAGCAGCAGCACCGAUCGCUAUCGGGAGCGUCUGGGGAAGAAGCUCGGGAGGGAACUUGGUGAGAUGGAAGCGUGGACGCACAUGAAGCUGGUGACGCCCGGUCCGAACGAGCCUCGGCCCGCGCCUGAGAUGUACUACGGCAAGGCCAAAGAGAACAAGGAAAGAUACUGCGAGGAGUACGCCAAGCUCCAUCCAGAGGUGGAGGACCCUAUGACCGAGCCGGUCGACGAGGUGGCGAUGAUGCUGGCGGGGUCCGGCCAGCCGCAUGGACGUCCUGCCUGCCUUGCUGGGGGUUUCAAGCCUCAGAGGAACUUCACGCAGAUCAAGGCUACCCUCCCCUCCGGCAGCUACGCUACCUCCUCGCGGACUACAUGCCGUUCUCGGGUAGAGGUUGAUACUCAGCUCGAGGAGGCCUAUGCAGUAGCUUACGAGGAGUAUCUCGAGAAGAUUAAGGAGCAUGACCUUGUGAAAGAUGCCUAUGUCCAGUGGACGAGCAACCAGAUGGCGAGUUUCACUCGGUUCAUGAUGACUGGAGUGCGAGAGGAACCACUCCCAGAGCCACCUCAUCCGGGGCCGACGCCAGUGUUCCCGUCCAAGGAGGAGUUCUAUAUCAUGUACAAGCGUCAGCGUCAGUUGACCCCGGGAUUGGGAGAAUCCGGGAACGACACUCCUUGUGGUACGCCGAUGCACCCCGGUCGCCAUUCUCCUGGUGCUUCUGCCGAACCUCGGCAUUUUUCUGGUUCCGGUGGCUCUCGUCGUGGUUCUACCUCCCCGAGCACCGUCGAGAUACAGCGGCCUCACUUCACCGACUCGGAGCUAGCUCGUCACUGUAGCUAGAUCGUCACUCGGGUGGUGCACCACCAUAGUUUCUACAUUGUACUAGCACAUGAUGACACGCUCCAUCUUUGUAGUGGAUCCGGUGUAUGUACCAUGGUCUUGUAUGCUAUAUUUGUGCUAUUUGUGAGAUUUGAUGCUAUAUUUGUGAGAUUUGGUGCUAUACGGUGAUAUCUUUGUGCUAUAUGGUGC